UCCGAGGUCAGUGUGGUGCGGACUCGGCAGGCGCCUGCAGGAGCGUAAAAGCCAACCAGCGCCCGAAGCUCAGGGCAAAUGACUCCCCUCCGCCCUCGCCACGUGUUCGGCCACCAUUUCCUAUCGUCUUUGCUCCGCUCAGAGUGUAAAGACGCGCGCAGCGCACGGCCAAUAGCCGAGACGGCGGGACUCCGCGGAUCAGGCCGGUCCCCUGGCCCCGGCCCACCUGGGGCCGUGCAACCGCGGGUGUUCCCGCAACUGGCCAGACGAGGAGGUCGCAGCCCUAAGAUUAGCACCAUCUCCCCCAGCAAGCGGCCCCGGCCUGCGGAGGAGGGCGGCGCGCGGCUCCGCUUCGUGAGGCUCUCGGAGCAUGCCACCGCCCCGACCAAGGGGUCUUCGCGGGCCGCCGGCUAUGAUCUGUACAGUGCCUAUGAUUACACGGUGCCACCUAUGGAGAAAGCCCUUGUGAAAACUGACAUUCAGAUUGCUCUGCCUGCUGGCUGCUAUGGAAGAGUAGCUCCACGUUCUGGCUUGGCUGCAAAAUACUUCAUAGACGUAGGAGCUGGUGUCAUAGAUGAAGAUUAUAGAGGAAAUAUUGGUGUUGUACUGUUUAAUUUUGGCAAAGAAAAGUUUGAAGUCAAAAAAGGUGACCGAAUUGCACAGCUCAUCUGUGAACGGAUUUUUUAUCCAGAAAUAGAGGAAGUUCAAGGUUUGGAUGACACCGAAAGGGGUUCAGGAGGUUUUGGUUCCACUGGAAAGAAUUAAAAUUGCUGCCAAGAACAGAAAAUGAGAAAAUGUACUUUUUUUCUUAAAAAUGAGAAGUUUUUGUUUAGUGUUUUGGUGCUGUAAACUUAAUAGCUUUAGCUUCUAAAAAUACUUGGUUCAUUUCUGAUCAAGGAAAGUUCAUUUCUGAUCUAGGAAAGGGUACUUCUUGUAUGUUUUUCUGUUUUUCAUGUAUAAAGCUGCAUGGUAACCUAACACAGUUUAUUUUUUCAGUCAAACGUGAAUCAGUUACAGAUUCCUGCCUGGGACUAUAUUACUUAAUUUACUAAAUGUUACCUCUUCAACUUAUUUUUCAGUUUGCUUUAAAAAUGAUAUAGUUUAUUACAUAAACUGAACUAAAAAAUAAUAA